CAUUGUUCUUUCUCUUUUUAAUACCUUCUCAUUUCUAACCUUUUCUGUUUGUGGUAUUUUUAACAUCCUCUUAUAACACCGCAUCUCCAUUGCUUGUAACUGUUUCUUUGUUAAAGGUGCAAAAGCUCUCAAAACACUUCUCGUUAUUAUAGGCUAUUGUUGAAUGAACAGCUUAUUUUGUCUUCCUUAAAAAUUCAUUAAAAUUAUACAAAGUAGGUACCUAACACAACAUUUUUCAUUUAGAGGUUCUCUUUGUUGUUCGACUCAAACUUUUUUUUAUUAAAUAACGCUAUAUUUACAACAAUUAAACAUAUUUUAACAGGUAACAGUACAUUUUGCAUAAACUAUAUACUAAGCAUAUUUUGGAAUUUCUUUAUUAAUAAGCAACUUUUUUGUGGAUCUAAGUGCAUGCAUGGGCAUAAGCCGUAUCUCACAUGUGCAUGGCAUGUGGAAGCACCAAUAGUUAUAAAAACACACAUACAAACGGACAUAUACAUAUAAUAUAAGGAUAAUAUAGUUUAGUAUCAUAUAUUUGUACUCACUUGGAUGCGCCUGUGCUUUUUCUUUCUUCGUCUGUUUUUUCGUCGGCUUGUGGUUUAGUUUGAUCGGUGACGUUGCCGUUGAUGAGUGGAGGUCAAUUUGUUGCUAUUGUUUUAAUUAGGAGGUUAACUACCCUAGUGUGUAUUCUCGGCCCAUGCUUACCGCCGCCGGCGUGGCUACCAUCCUAAUUAUGGUUGUCGGCAUUGCCGGGAACCUGCUGACCGUAAUUGCUCUUCUUCGGAACUCCAAAAUAAGAACCGUUGCAGCCGCAUUUAUUGCUAGUUUAUGCAUUUCGGAUCUUCUUUUCUGCCUUGUGGUAUUACCAUUCGCUGCUAGUCAAUUCUUUUUGGGCACAUGGAUCCACGGAGAUAUUCUUUGCUACAUCAUUCCGAUGAUGCGGUAUGGUAGUGUUGGGGUGUCGUUGCUCAGUGUUGCCACCAUAUCGAUAAAUCGUUACAUCUUAAUAGCGUGGCCAAAUCAAUACACCAAAAUCUAUACGAAGACCAAAGUCGCUUUCUACAUUAGUCUCAUAUGGCUUUUUAGUUAUGGUACCCAAAUACCAACGCUGAUGGGCAUGUGGGGGGUGUUUGGUUUCGAUAAAAAAUUGGGAACGUGUUCCAUCAAGAAGGACCAAAAUGGCAAUUCGCCUAAAGUGGCCUUGUUUGUAUUAGGUUUCGUGAUACCUUGUUUAAUUAUAGUAAUUUGUUAUUCAAAGAUAUACUGGGUGGUUCAUAAAUCCCAGAAAAGACUUCAACAACACGGUUCACUAAUGGACACCAAGAGAAGUGAAAUGCGGGUGACCAGAAUGGUGUUGGUGAUAUUUUUUUGUUUCGUGAUCUGCUAUUUACCAUUGACGUUGGUGAAAGUGUUCGACGGGGAUGUCAAAUACCCGGCAGUGCACAUCUUGGGGUAUCUGUUGCUGUAUUGUGCAGCUUGUGUUAACCCAGUUAUUUAUGUUACAAUGAACAAGCAGUACAGACAGGCGUAUUUCGAUACUUUGAAAUGCAGGGUUGGGAAUAGCUACGAUUCCAAUUCGCCCAUACAACACCACAGCAAAUCGAUAAUGUCGGUAAUGUUUGCCAAACACAAUACAGUAUCUCCAAAUCCCAAAGCCUAAAACUAUCAACAGCACAAAUUGAUGGAUUAUUUUGACUCAGAAAUACAUACAUAUAAAGCUCCUAUAUGAUUGAAAACAUGUCAAGAUAAUUAUUGACAAGCUAUGAAUUAUAUCAAAGUACAAAAAGCAACUACUGAUUAGCUUUUAAGUUGUAAAUAAUCCUUAUAUUAAGGAAACGUGUAUAUACAUGCAUCCUGUUAUUUAUAAAUGAAUAAUAAAUUUUAUAAAGGAAGUUAAUGAGA